AUGUCCAGAGAGGUGGACAUUGACGACCCGAAGAAUGCGGACUUUCAGACAGUUGAGUACUGGGAUAAGCGGUACGCUGCUGAAGCUGAAGACGCCGAUUUUGACUGGUUCCGCAAGUACAGGGAUAUCCAGCACAUUUUCCAUGAGCUUGUGCCGGAUCGACAGAGCCGGAUCCUAAUGUUAGGAUGUGGGAAUUCGACGCUAAGUAAGGACAUGUACGACGACGGAUACACCCAUAUUGUGAAUCUAGAUUAUAGUGCUGUGGUUAUCGACAAGAUGCAGGCGCGUUUUCCAGAGCUUGACUGGCGCGUUAUGGAUAUCCGCGACCUUGACAAACAUGCCGACAAGCUGGGUGGACCCGCGUCGUGGGACGUAAUUGUCGACAAGGGUACAAUGGAUGCUCUCAUGGCCGAAAACGGAUCUGUAUGGAGCCCAAGUGAGCAGGUUUUGAACAAUGUCGCUCAGGAGGUUGACGGCGUACUACAUUUACUCAAGUCUCAUACGGGUGUAUUUCUCUACUUCACGUUUGGCCAGCCACAUUUCCGCCGGCCACACAUGCAGCGCGAUGCAUGGACGAUCGAAACACGCGAAUUAGGCGAUAUGUUUCACUACUAUUUGUACAUUGCACGCAAGCACUAG